AUGGACUUUAAUUUCAGCAAUUACAGUAUUGAAGAUCACGCACAGCCACCGACGUCGUACGACGGCUAUGAUCCCUUAUCAAUUAGUCCAGGUGAAGGCGCAACCGAGGCUGAAGUUAAAGUGGAGGCGGAGGAUAUUCAGCAGCCACUACAAUACAAGUAUAAUAAGCAUCGUGGCAGUGUACCUUCCUUAAGCUCAGCGUUUAGCUCUUUCACAGUCGAUCAACAAUCCCCGGUGACGCCAUCUGGUUACUUUGGCCACCCAUUCGCCAGCCUGAGCAACGCCAACAGACAUUCCAUUAGCGUCGUUGCACCCUCAGAUACUUUCAUUAAGCCUGCCAACGUUAUUCCUCCACUGCCACCGCAGCACGAGCAGCAGGAACAGCACUUGCAGCAGGUACACCACCCUGCACAGGUCAGCCGUCACAACGACCAAGAAGAUGAAAAGCUUAGUGCGCGCAUCGUUAUCACCCUAAAGAACUUCCUCAACGCACCGCAUCGCAUGAACUUUGGCGAGCAGAUUAUUUCAAUUACAACACCACAGACUGCACAGAAGAGUUACGGGAAUGAGAAGAGAUUCAUCGCUCCACCUCCUCAAGUUUGUUUGAUUGGCAAGAAUUGGAACAGCGACAUGAACAACAAGAAGAGCGGACAAUCUCAUGCAUUAGGACAAUUGUCUCCAUCUGUGGAAGUGAAGCUUGGAAAUAGCAGGGAAGCUCACCAUUGCGAUUUGAAAUGGACAGAGUUCCAAUCACACCCAGCACAGGCCUCCCAGGUAACCCAGGCAACGCAAACGGGUAAUAUGCCGCUUACGCCACCCUCCUCUUCCCCAAACUCUAACAAAUCAGACUCACACGACGACACCUCAGACAUUUCAGACAACAACUCGAAUAACAGAAUGAUGCAUGGGAAAGCGGUAGCUAAGCAUUUGCACAUCAGCGAAGUCUCAGAUGAUCGUAGAAUAACUAAUUGCAAUGCUCAAGUGAUAAUUCCAUCGCUUCUAUCGAGCAACCCUUUCAAAGGCAGUUUUUCACUUCCAAAUAUGAACAUAAUAUCGAAAGCAUCCAAGCAGAGAAAGCCAAAGCGAAAUGAAGAUAUUUGCGUUUUUCACGGUAGUCUCGUUAGCUUAUAUAACAGAGCCAAGUCUCAAACAUCGUCGACACGCUACCUCACUGUGACUGGCACACCGGCUGUCUGGCCAUUAGGUAGUGAUUAUCAGAUAAACAAUGAGGAGGGUAUUGACCUGAGAAAUGCUACGUUUACUCCAGAUGCCAAUUACUGGGAUCCGUUCAUUAUCUGGAUGUAUGACACGGAGUAUGCCCAGGAUAGACUACCAAACGUUCCAUCAGACUGGCCAACGCCGCCUGUGGGAGCGCUGCCGACUGGGAUGUACACUACAGCUAUUCGCGCCAACUCUGUAGUGGUGCUCCAGUCACUCGCUCACGGUGUAGUGUCGCCGCCACUGAUCGUCAGGAGAGGAGGAAAAGGGAGCUCAGUGACGGGAGGCGGCAAUGUAGAGCAACAGCGUCGUCGCUCUAGUCUCGACAGUAACGCGAACCAGCAUCGCCAAGUGGGGUGCAUCAAGGGGAGUGUGUUGGGAGAACCCACUGUGCAGCUGAACAAGGUGGGGUUGGAGUUAGCAGCGCAGACGCAGACGCCUAGUCAGACAGAUGGGAACGAUCUCGAGGCUUCAGGAAUGUAUCUCACCUGCGUAGACGAGCUAAUCCGUCUCAUCACUCCACCUAAAGCACACGAAGGACCUGUUGAGUUCCCACAUAAAAACCAGAAUUCCAACUCCAACUACAAGUAUAACCAGGAAGGAGCAAGCAAGUCGAGGAGGACUAGCUACCAGUCAGACAUGCACGAUAUGUAUGAGGAGAGCGGGGCUGAUGUCUCAUACAAACCUCGAUCGAGAAGGACGAGUGUAAGGCGUUCGUCUAUCUCAAAUGAGUCAGGUGGACGUAACAAAAGGCGUUCGAGUCAUUAUGAUGCUAACAAUCUCGAUGCCUUUGCUGAAGAUGGCAUGACCUGGUCACUGGAUGUUGGCGAGAUUGCUCUGUGGACGUUGUCAUGUGCAGAAGUGCAUAAUCACCACAUAUACACACCAGAAUUCACGCCUGGCGCGAAUCUUCCGCUCGACACACUCAAUAAGAGAACGAACCUGGAUGGAGCUAUAGCUAUAGCGAUACCAUAUCUGGAUAGUUGGGUGCACUGCGACGUGCGCACGAAGCGUCGCUACUCUGGUGAGGAGAUUGAGGGUGAAAUGGUAGACAUUGUCAAAGUAAUAGGCAAGAAUUUUGACGUCUUCUCGAAUGACACUGCAGAUAUUUAUUUAGGGGGCAAGAUACGCAAAGCUCGUGGAGUAGGACUGGGGCUGGAUCUUGGUGAGGAAGGCAAGACGAGUAUGCAUGAUGAGGAGGUGGCCGUGUGGAGGUCUGCAUACGUCAACUAUAUCUCGAACGAGGAGUUGAUAGUGGGAUUACCGAAUCUGAGAGAUAUUGAUGGCGAGUUGGUGGAUAACUCAUUGACGCUGAUUGCUGUAUUGAAGCAGAAUGGUUGUAUCAUACCAUCUUGUGUUACAGUAACGAUUUAA